UUAUUUGUCUGAGGAGUCUUAAGUGUUCUUGAAAACCACAGUCUUCAUUGUGUGAUUUAGGUGUCUUUCUAAACCAGAAACCAUUGGAGGAAAUAACAAUGGCGUAUUUGGCUGUUUCUUUUAAACUGCUCAUCAUUGGUGGUACCUUGGCAGUGGUGACUGACAGUGAAACUACACUUACUUAUCAAGUAAGUAACACAAGUAACAUAGAGCAAUCUACUUCAAUGCCAGUUCUUGAGAAUACAUUCAAUUCCACUGCAACUCAUGAGGAGAAUCUAUCUCCAACAAUGGAUGGUGAAACUGCCACCAGUUCCCAAUCACCUGAUAACUACAGUUCUGAAACCACAGAUACAUAUAGCAAUGUCAGUACUGGUCUAAGUGACAAUUCAAGUUUUAGCCAUAUUCAGAGAGAGUAUGGCAUUCCAGAUAAUACCUCCAGCUCCAACACCACGGAUGAAACUAUCUCCACUGAGCUACAAGUACUGACAAAUCAGACAUCAGACCCACAAGAAUCUUCAGCUGCCACUACCACUUCAGUGAGUUUUGCUGGGACUUCAAGUUCUAAAGUGAGCAGCACUCAGGAAUUUCUCACCGUUUCAACUCCUAACAGCUCACCAGUUCUUCAUCAUGUGGAAAAAUAUUCAGUGACUGCCAUAAUAAUUGCAGUGAUCGUCAUACUGAUACUGAUUAUUUCGUGUUGCCUGCUGAGUUUUUUCCUAUACAGAAGGAAACACAGAUACUCCUUUGAUCUCUCCCACAAAACUGCUGAAGACGCUAACAUCCCCUUGAGUAGUCCAAUUCUACCAGGAGGCUUCGAACUAACGCCAGACAAAGAAAACAAGAAAGAAGGUGGGAUGGUGAACGAAGACAAGACCAACCAUGAAAAAACAUCAUCACCCGCUCUCAAUGUCCCUGAGGAAAGUAAUGAGAAGCAGAACAACUGUGAGACUGAGAUAAACCACCCUCCAGAUAUCCCUGAGCAGGAAAAUACGGACACACUUGAUGACUGGAAUUUCAAGUCUGCCGCUUCUUCAUUCACUGACAUUAACCUGAUGGACUGCGCCACUGCUAAGUGACUUGAAUGCUUCUGUUCAGAAUUCUGCUCGGAUGGGAAGCCAGCUGAUUGAGACCUAAAGAAGACUGUCCUUAAGCCUCAUAAUGUUAUAUGAAGUUGGAUCUUGCUGGUUGGAUCAACAGGAAAAUGAUUUAAUCACAGUCGAGGCCAAUUCAUGUAGCCUUCUGAAAAGCUUGGAUUAGUUGUAUCUUUUUUCGUAGAUCUUGUCUGAAUAACUCAAGAUUGUUAUCUUAGACCUUGCAUUCAGUGAAAUUAAUCUUGAAUAACAGAGGCUUCUUUUCAAAUGAGAAAAAAUUGUUUAAGAUUGGAAUUACUUUUUUAAACUUUUACCAGAAAAUUAAAACCAUUAAUAUAUCACAACUUUGUAAAGAUUUCAGACAAGUUUAUCAUGCGACCGAGUACAGAAAGCCAACAACAGAUCAAUACGUCCUAAGUUUGGAUAAUUUUUGCAUUUUUUUUAUAUCCUGUCAUUCUCUAUCCUAUUAUUUGUGUAGUUAUCAUGGCAUCUGGGAUGUUGUUUCAGUUCAAAGAAACAUUCAUGCAUGCUUGUAGAAACCUGGCUUCAGCAAAAACUACUGAAAUAAAAGGGUAGCCUUUCUCUAAUUUUUUUUUGCUUAUGCUGAAGCUGGCAUUUAUGAAAUGCUUAUUACAGAGUGUACACUUUUUAUGAUUUGUACAUAAUUCCUUAUUCUUUCUAUUUGGAACAUUGUAAAACAUUUAUGUCAAAAGCAAAUUUACAAUAAACAUGUAAGUGACUA